CGCGUUCGGGUCCCUAGCUUCCGAAGCUCGCAGGACCGCGAGUAGCCUCUUGCCUUGGUGGUAGGGAGGUCUAUAAGGGCCCUUUCCAUGGACCGGGCGGCAGUGGCGAGAGUUGGAGCGGUAGCGAGCGCCAGCGUGUGCGCCCUGGUGGCUGGAGUGGUGCUGGCCCAAUACAUAUUCACCUUGAAGAGGAAGACGGGGCGGAAGACCAAGAUCAUAGAGAUGAUGCCUGAAUUCCAGAAAAAUUCCGUUCACAUCAGGAACCCCACAAGAGUAGAAGAAAUUAUCUGUGGUCUUAUCAAAGGAGGACCUACCAAACUUCAGGUAAUAACAGACUUUGAUAUGACACUAAGUAGAUUUUCCUACAAUGGGAAGAGAUGCCCAUCAUGUCAUAAUACCGUUGAAAACUGUAAACUGGUUACAGAUGAAUGUCGAAAAAAGUUAUUGCAACUAAAAGAAAAAUAUUAUGCUAUUGAAGUUGAUCCUAUUCUUACCAUUGAAGAGAAGUACCCUUAUAUGGUAGAAUGGUAUACUAAGUCACAUCGUUUGCUUAUUGAACAAGCUUUACCAAAAUCUAAACUUAAAGAAAUUGUGGAAGAAUCUGAUAUUAUGCUCAAGGAAGGAUAUGAAAAUUUCUUCGAUAAGCUCCAUCAACACAGUAUCCCUGUGUUCAUAUUUUCGGCUGGAAUUGGUGAUGUACUAGAGGAGGUUAUUCGUCAAGCUGGUGUUUAUCAUCCAAAUGUCAAAGUAGUGUCCAAUUUCAUGGAUUUUGAUGAAAAUGGGUUGCUUAAAGGAUUUAAAGGAGAAUUAAUUCAUGUAUUUAACAAACAUGAUGGUGCCUUAAAGAACACAGAAUAUUUCAAGCAACUGAAAGACAACAGCAACAUAAUUCUGCUGGGGGACUCCCAAGGAGACUUAAGAAUGGCAGAUGGAGUAGCCAACGUUGAACACAUUCUGAAAAUUGGGUAUCUAAAUGAUAGAGUGGAUGAUCUUUUAGAAAAGUACAUGGACGCUUAUGAUAUUGUUUUAGUAAAAGAGGAAUCACUGGAAGUAGCCAACUCUAUCUUACAGAAGAUUCUAUAAAUAAGCCUUCAUCAGGAAGACCUCUCUCCCCUGGGAGCAACUGAUAUAAAAACUGCUUCUCUGUUCAUCUUUCUCUGAAAUAUUUCUUAUUUAUAACAUAUUCUUGCUCUUAAAGUUUUCCUUUACGUAAGUGUUUUCAGACAUGUUGAAUCCAUCAGCUGGAAGCUCCUUUUUAUCUACUUCUCUGAACACACUCCCCAUCGUAUUUUUUAA